AGGCCGGCUGAGGUGAAGACUAAGUUGGGGAUGUGAACACCAUGAGCGUAAACCAGCAAGCUCACACGGGGCCGCCUUACGGGCAGCCUCAGCCUGGGUAUCCCGGAUAUCCACAGCCCGGCUAUGGAGGGCAGCAGAUCCCAGGCAUGGCUCCCCCUCAGUAUGGUGCUUACAACGGUCCAAUGACGGGAUACCAGCAGAUGGGCCCUCCUCAAGGUUACUUUCCUUCUCUGGGAUUUCCUUCUAAGGGCUCUCCUGUUUCUUAUGAUUCUGACACUUCUUUCGCACCUGAUUUCAUAGGUUCUCUAAGAGCUCCUCCCACAUCUGGAGCCCCGGUUCCUUCUGGACAGCCUGUCUGCAGUCAGUUUGGGCAAGGAGAUGUGCGCAAUGGGAUUCCUGCUUCUGCGGUCCCCUUGCAAAGACCUUCUGCUUCCCAGCAGUUCAUGCUUGGCACAGCACCUGCUCCUGUUUCCCAGCCAGCUACUUUCCAGUAUGUGUCACCUCCAACGAGCACACAGCAGCUGACCAAUCAUAUGGCAGGAAUGCAGAUAGGCAGUGCUUCAAAUUCAGCUCCUCCCCCAGCUGGCCUGGGCUAUGGUCCCCCUGCGUCAGUUCCACCUGCCUCAGGAAGUUUCAGCGUGACUGGAUCUGGCCAAUACGCAUCUUACGCCAGCCAGGGGCCCCUUCCCCUUAACCUGCCUCAUGGAUUGCCUCCUUCCAGCUUGUCUCACGGUCUUCCCAUGGCACAGCCGUCCAUAUCCGCUUCUCCAUCAGCACUGCACCUUCCCUCUCAAACGCCAGGCUUUGCCCCACCACCGAUUUCUGCCCCGGCUGGGCUUCCCAAUUACCCUCCCGCGGCUGGUGCUUCAAGGCCUCCGCCGAUGCAGGGUGCGUUACCUGGACAGGCAGCUGCUGGGCUGCUGACUUCCCAGCCCAACCAUGCGACUUCCCCGCCGCCCCCUAUGGCGGGGCCGCCCCCCGGACCGCCAGUGAACAGCUUGCAAGGACCACCACCUCCUCCCCAUCCUUCCCAACCAGGAUACCCGCUGCAGCAGAACGGGUCCUUUGGGCAGAACAGGGCCCCCCAGCCAAACUACAAUGCAGCCUACUCGGGGCCGACAAAUUACGGGAGUCAGCCUGGCGCUCCGCCCCCACCCAAACGUCUCGAUCCAGACUCCAUUCCUAGCCCACAUCUCAAUGAGCUGCCACCUCAGCAGAAACCCAGACACAGAAUAGAUCCCGAUGCCAUUCCUAGCCCAAUCCAAGUAAUUGAAGAUGACAGGAAUAAUCGUGGAUCGGAGCCAUUCAUCACAGGAGUCCGGGGGCAAGUCCCGCCCCUUGUCACUACCAAUUUCCUGGUCAAAGAUCAAGGUAAUGCAAGUCCUCGCUACAUCAGAUGCACAUCCUAUAAUAUUCCAUGUACCUCAGAUAUGGCUAAGCAGUCCCAGGUUCCUCUUGCUGCAGUCAUAAAGCCAUUGGCUACUUUACCUUCAGAAGAGGCUCCUCCUUACUUGGUCGACCAUGGAGAGUCGGGCCCCGUCCGGUGCAACCGGUGCAAAGCCUACAUGUGCCCGUUCAUGCAGUUCAUCGAGGGCGGGCGCAGGUUCCAGUGCUGCUUCUGCAGCUGCGUCACCGAGGUACCGUCUCACUACUUCCAGCACUUGGAUCACACGGGCAGGCGAGUGGAUUACUACGACCGGCCGGAGUUAUCACUGGGGUCGUAUGAGUUCUUGGCCACCGUGGACUACUGCAAGAAUAACAAGUUUCCCAACCCCCCUGCCUUCAUUUUCAUGAUUGAUGUGUCCUACAAUGCUGUGAGGAGUGGUUUGGUGAGGCUGAUAUGCGAAGAGUUGAAGAGUCUCCUGGAUUACCUCCCCAGGGAAGGAAACAUGGAGGACUCAGCCAUCCGGGUGGGCUUCGUCACUUACAACAAAGUCCUGCAUUUCUACAACGUGAAGAGCUCCCUCGCCCAGCCUCAGAUGAUGGUUGUGUCCGACGUGGCAGACAUGUUUGUCCCUCUGCUGGACGGCUUCCUGGUGAACGUUAAUGAGUCCCGUGCAGUUUUCACCAGCUUGCUGGACCAGAUCCCUGAAAUGUUUGCUGAUACAAGAGAAACGGAAACCGUGUUUGGUCCUGUGAUUCAGGCUGGCAUGGAGGCCCUGAAGGCAGCUGAGUGUUCGGGCAAGCUCUUCAUCUUUCACUCAUCGCUGCCGAUUGCAGAGGCGCCAGGGAAGCUGAAGAACAGAGAUGACAAGAAGCUGAUCAACACAGACAAAGAAAAGACUCUGUUCCAGCCUCAGACCAGCUUCUACAGCAACUUAGCCAAGGAGUGUGUGGCCCAAGGGUGCUGCGUGGAUCUGUUCCUUUUCCCAAACCAGUACUUGGAUGUGGCCACCGUGGGAGUCGUUCCCUAUCAGACUGGGGGCUCGGUAUAUAAAUACGCCUACUUCCAGGUGGAAACGGACCAGGAGCGCUUCUUGAAUGACCUGCGCAGAGAUGUGCAGAAAGAAGUGGGCUUUGACGCUGUGAUGAGGGUGCGCACGAGCACCGGUAUUCGAGCCACCGACUUCUUUGGCGCCUUCUACAUGAGCAACACCACAGACGUGGAGCUGGCUGGCCUGGACUGUGACAAAACCAUCACGGUGGAAUUCAAGCACGACGAUAAACUCAGCGAGGACAGCGGAGCUCUUCUCCAGUGUGCUGUGUUGUACACCAGCUGUGCGGGACAGAGGCGCCUCCGCAUUCACAACCUCUCCUUGAACUGCUGCACGCAGCUGGCGGAUCUUUAUCGGAACUGUGAGACGGACACUCUUAUCAACUUCCUGGCCAAAUUUGCGUAUCGUGGACUUCUGAACAAUCCAGUCAAGACUGUGAGAGACACGCUGAUCAAUCAAUGUGCCCAGAUCCUGGCGUGCUACCGGAAAAACUGUGCCAGCCCCUCUUCUGCCGGACAGUUGAUUCUCCCUGAAUGCAUGAAGCUGCUCCCUGUAUACCUGAACUGUGUUUUGAAAAGUGACGUUCUGCAGCCUGGCUCCGAGGUCACCACCGAUGACCGGGCCUACAUCCGCCAGCUGGUCACCACCAUGGAUGUGGCAGAAACAAACGUGUUCUUUUACCCCAGACUCUUGCCUCUGACCAAAGUAGAUGUCAACAGCGACUCCUUACCGAUGGCCAUCAGGAACUCGGAAGAGCGCCUCUCCAAGGGUGACAUCUAUCUGCUAGAAAACGGGCUGAAUAUUUUCCUGUGGGUCGGAGUAAAUGUCCAGCAGGGGCUGAUCCAGAACCUCUUUGGAGUGCCGUCUUUCAGCCAGAUCGGCAGUUCUCUGGGCACACUUCCCGUUUUGGAUAACGCUUUUUCAAAGAAAGUGCGAUCCAUCAUUGGUAUGUUCCAGGCUCAAAGAUCACGAUACAUGAAGCUUAUGAUUGUGAAGCAGGAAGACAAACUAGAUUUGCUGUUCAAACACUUCCUGGUGGAGGACAAGAGCCUGAACGGGGGGGCUUCCUAUGUGGACUUCCUCUGCCACAUGCACAAGGAGAUCCGCCAGCUGCUGAGCUAGAGGAGGGAGC